AUGAUCGCUCUUCAGCCCUCGCCGCCGUCGCGUGCGCGUGUCAUCUCGUGCUCCGGCGCUUUGCUCUCGCUGACCGCCCUGCUGGUCCUCGCGCGGAGUGCUGCCGCAGGCCGUGCGAUGCCGGGUAGUUUUCCACCAGAGGCAGGCCUCGGACCAAAGGCGUCGCGGGUGACAGCACGGAUCCGGGAGGAGCUCAUGCCACACUUUGGCAUGCCGCACUUCCAGCAGCAAGCUCUGCCAGAGCUCAGAGGCCCGCAGCUUCCAGAGCCGCAAAUGCCUCAACUGCAAAUGCCGCCACUACUGAGCUUCGACGCGUCUCCCAGACAGCAACCGAAGCGGCCGACAAAGUCUACCAAAGCGCAGCCUCCUCCGGCCAACACAGCUGCGACGCCAUUGGCCGUCUCUCCCUCGGCCGCUCUCGCCUCCGCCAUCGCCGCAGGCGCCAUCGCCGUCUCUGCCGACGUCCCCGCCUCCACCAUUUCCGCCUCCGCCCUCACCGGCGGCAUGGUGAAGGGCACCGUCGAGGCCGACCGUGCCAGCUUGCCCACGGGCCGUGCAAUGAAAACAAACGCCUCCGAGUCCAGCGGCCGUGGCACCACCACGCGCGAUCCUGGCGGCGGCGGUGCUCCCCUGCCAGAGCUCCGCCCGCCAGAGCUGCCCAACGUAGAGCUUCCAGAUGUAGACACUGGCCUGCCCGAGCUUCACGCGCCGCGGAUACAACUGCCGCCGGUCAGCUUGCCGGAGCCGCCCCAGCUCCAGGCGCCGACGGUCCAGUGGCCGUACCUCUACGAGCUGUACCCCUCCACAAGCUCGCCUCCCGCCUUCGAGCUGACGAGCGGGCCGCUGGCGCUCGACCUGAGGCACUCGCCAAAGCUGACGCGGCUUCCGCCCGCCAAGACCUCCUCCUCGCCGCCUCCGGCACCCCACUGGGUCGCAAUCUCGAGACUGAGCCCAUCCUCACCGCCCCCUCCCCAACCGCCAGAGGCGUACCCAUGGCUCCCUUGCCGCCUGCCCGGCGUGGUGUGCUCCGGCGGCACCGACGCCACGGGUCGGUACCCCGUGAAUGUCGAGGUGUCCCAAUGUUUCUGA